UCUGAAACCGCCUCCCAAUUCAACACCGGACAGAUUACGCUCACAUCCUCCCCGUCACCACAUCCACACGCAGCCGGGGACCAUUUUAAGCCGAUAUUUGGACCUGUCGUCUCCAAGGGCUGGACUCUGAGGGGAAAACCAAUGAGCUGAAGACAUCUUGUGCACACUUUUAUACCUUGUGUCGUCAGCUGAAGAGGCAGCCGGGCUCCUCUGCCACCCUCACCAUGUGCCAAAGCAGGAUAGGACACAGCCCUGCCCCAUAGACAGCGAGUUGUGCAGUGAUCCAGUGGCUCCUCUGUCCCAGGAUGAAGAAGGCGGGCUCAUGGACAGCAGAGGACGUGUCACGCUGGCUGACAGAGGAGGGCAUGUCUGAGUAUGUGGAUGCUCUGCAGGGGACUGAUGGGCCUGCUCUGCUCAGGCUCACUCGGGAGGACUUCAGGAAAACGCACCUGUGCCGCGUCUCCUCUGAUGGGGGCCAGCAGCUGUUGGAACGUGUGCAGACGCUGCUGAUCGAGAAUCAUAUUGAGACUCAUAAAAAUGGCCAUGCAAACGGGCACGCAGGGGGUCUGCCUAACGGGACCACCAAGCCCCACCGGAACGGCACUCUGGGACUAAGGAACUACGACAAGGAGAUGGUGCAGAUCCCUAUUCCCUCUAAAGAGGUUCGCUCCUCCUUCCCCACAGAGUGGGCUAAAACUGCAGUGUCCUUCAUCUAUGCAGUGGUGUGCUUUGUUACCACCACUGUGGUCAUCUCAGUGGUACAUGAGAGGGUCCCUCCUAAAGAGCACACUCCUCCUCUGCCUGAUAAGUUCUUUGACGUCUUUGACAGGAAAGAAUGGGCCUUCUCCAUCUGUGAGAUCAUUGGGAUGCUGCUGGUCUUACUGUGGUUCCUACAGUGGCUGCUCCUAAAGCACAGGUCAAUUAUAGGAAGGCGCUUUUUCUUUAUUGUGGGCACUCUUUAUAUGUAUCGGUGUAUCACCAUGUACAUCACCACUCUGCCUGUUCCUGGGAUGCACUUCAAAUGUUCUCCAAAGCUUCUGGGCGACUGGGAGGCACAGAUGAGAAGAAUAAUGAAGAUGAUCGCUGGAGGUGGUCUCUCCAUAACUGGUUCCCACACAAUGUGUGGAGAUUAUUUGUACAGUGGCCAUACCGUUAUGUUAACCAUAACAUACCUCUUCAUCAAUGAAUACUCUCCCAGGAGGUACUGGUGGUAUCCCUGGAUAUGCUGGGCACUGAGUGCUGUGGGAAUCUUCUGCAUCCUCCUGGCCCAUGACCACUACACUGUGGAUGUGGUGGUGGCCUACUUCAUCACAACACGCCUCUUCUGGUGGUAUCACUCCAUGGCCAACCAGCAGUCGCUCAAAGAGACGUCUCAGAGUAACCCAUUCUCGCGGGUUUGGUGGUUCCGAAUGUUCCAGUACUUUGAGGAGAACGUCCGCGGCACCGUCCCCAGGAACUACCAGCUGCCCACGUGGAGAGGCGUGCAAUGGGGCCGAGGGGUCCGCUACAGCAGGCUGGACCUUCAAUGAGCACCAGACAGACAGACAGACAGAGAGGGAGAGAGGGAGGGAGGGAGGGAGGGGGGGAUCAGGACUUCCAAAAGUGCAUAAGAGUACCCACUGCACUCUCAAUGUAGCGCUGUCUCUUCACCUCCACUAACAGACCUGUGCAAAUGGGUAACACUGUGACCCACUUAGGAUUUUUGUUUGUAUAUAUUUUUAAGUUGUCUCACAUCCUUUUUCUGGUCAACAAAAAGCACUAAUUUAUAAAGGUUUAGUGUCUUUACAAAAUAUCCUGCUUAUUUUUAGCAGACCAACAAAGCAUUUCAGCAAUGUUUUUUCUUGCAGCACAAAAAUGUAAAUAAUCAUGUCUUCAUAUUCUUACAAUUUUUUUAGUGCAAACAGUGUCAAUCAAAAACUUGUUUGAUAACCAAAAUGCCAUACGCAUUUGUUCUUUUUAUAGCAGAUUACUUUUUGUAAACUACUUGCUAAGAUGAGUCAAAAUGCAAAAACUGAAUUUUCUAAGUAUGUCGAGACUUUAUUUUUCAAAACUCAAAUGAUGUCCAAGAUUUUUAGAUUUUUACCUUUUUCAAGACGGACAGCGAGAGCAUACAGAGCUAACGUAGUAUAGCAUUUCUCCAGUGCCUUCCUUCGCUUGAUUGUAAAACAGUCCAAGUUCUAUGUGUCUUGUGUCUCUGUGCUGCUGUUGCACCCUCACAGCAGCAGGAGGCGGUACCUUACAAUAGUUUCAAAAUCUUGUUCCCAUGAAUGUAAAAUCAACAAAGCCAGCCUUAUCAGAAAAUUGGUCUUCCCAAAAUGAAGCGUGAGUUAAAUGUCCCGUUUCCAUGGAUAUUCGAAGAUGUCAAGUUUGUUAUGUAACUGUUCUAAAAGAGAAUUAUGACUGUUAACUGUAUUUGAUCAUGUCUAUAUCAUUUCAUAUGUACCUAAUCACUGAUCUAUUACAUCAUGGUGUUAUCUGCUCCUCUCGUUACGUUUUGUGUGUGUGUGGAGGUGGUCCUCUACACACUUUGUUUCCCUUUGAAUAACUAUAUGUUUCAUAUUAGUUUAAUUGUUAUAAUUUUGUCAUGAUGAAUUUAUAAAAGUAACAUUAUGGAAAGGGGUACAAAUUUCAGUUGUUCAAUUUGAAGUGAAACAGUAUUACAAAGCAUUUUUGAAUAUUUUGCCAAGUCCUUGACCUUUUGGUGGGUUCAUAAAGUUGAUUUUUAUUAUCAACAAUAAUUAAAUAAAUAUAACAAAUGUAACUAUUUAAAAUGUGCCUCGUUAUAUAAAUAUGCUAUAUAUAACUUUUUUUUUUUUUUUUUAUUGAACAUCUGAAAUUUCAAUUCUUAAUCCUUCUUUUAGUAUUGGUCGUAAUCAGUUGAGGAAUGUCAUAAGAUAGAUAUCAAACAGUUUAAUAAUGGUAUUUUUUUUCCCUUUUUUUAACAUGUCACUGUCCAAAUCCAGCUGCUGCUUCUAGAGUGAAGACGGUUUGCCUAUGACGUCAUCCUUUGCCUCCAAAGUGCAAUGAUCUUUCUUGCAGUAAGAAGCACUAGUGUUGAGUGAAGAGAACAAACCAUUGCAUGAUGCACACAGCCGAUGAUGUAUGUGGCCACAUGUAUGCAGAGCAGACAGCAUAGUAUUUCAGUUCCACAAAUGUGAAAUGAUGUGUUUUAUUUGACUGAAUUGUAAAAAUGUAUUUUUUCAUGACAUCAAACCGAUUAGCUUUGAUAAUGUGGCUGGCUUCACAAGCCCAGAUUUGAAAACUACCCAUGUCUUACCCAAUCAGCAUUUUCCUCUUGUAGCAAUGUCCAUUAUUUCAUGGUCUGUGCUGGGAUCAGGAUCCUUGCACAUGGAUAUAUUCUAUUGCAAGACAUGCCAAGUGUCUGUUUACACAUUGAGGCUCUCCUGGUAGAUCAUGAGGGGAGUGUGCCCAAUGAUGUGUUCUCUUGACCAUAAGGAGGCUAUGUUGUAGUAUGUCGACUGUUCCUCUAUUUUGUCCCUACUUGUGUGUGUAUACCAGAUGUUUGUAAGAUAAUGAUAAAGGGUUCUAUUUGGGACACUUUUGAAUAAAAAUAUAUCCAUAAA